AUGAAAAUGUUGAAGAUGUUGGUUCUCUUAUCCAUGAAAGGUCUCUUGAAAAUCAAAGCCACACACAGCAAUGAAAAUGGCUCUCAGGAAAAUGUGGAACAGAUGAAUGGCCACCCAGAAAUAGUUGUUGGCCUUGUAUUGAGCAUACAAGAAUCCAAACUUGUUCAAAACCUUCUCAUCUCCGAAAAGAAGGUAUGCUGGGUUCUUGAACUUUCUCACAGAUCUGGAUCCAGCAAGAAGAAUUCUGAUCGAGGCAUAGACCAUCAUGAUCAAUGCAAUUGCCAGAAUUGCGACUGCAAACACAACACAUCCAGCAGAAUCAACUCGUGUGAAUUCCCAAAUACACAAGAACGUGAGUGUUGGGAAAGUGAUGUUGUACAAUCUGUAAAGACAUCCUUUGAUGACAGAUCUGUAAUGGUUUCUGAACCCAAUAACUUUGUUUCCCUUGAUUGCUCCUGUUCUUGCCAUCAACUCACAAAUUCCUUUGAAAAUGGUGGUCAGCACAAGCAACGCGAAACCAACAAAGAGGAAGAAAAUGAUACCUGUCAUGAAGAUGUUGGAGAUCUCGAUGUUGGACAAAUAAGCAACUCUUUGGAUACCUCUAAGAAUCAAAGUUUUCGAUCCAACAUCGUCCUCAUUGGUGGUGUACAGACUCGAGUCGCUCAAGACAUCGCUAGAAGAGUCCGAGCUUUCGGCGGUGAUUCUUUUCACAAGUCUCAGUUUCUUCAACAUCUUUUGAACAGAGAUCGAAAUCACCGACUUGCUUUGCAGGAUCGAGGUGACUUUUCCGCCAGUUGCCUGGACAUACCAGUAAAUCAUAUCUUGCAUGAACUGGACACGGAUAAUACCCAGAGACCACAUGAAAUUCUGAGCCCAGGCAGCGGCGACUGGUGGAACCAAAGAGACACCCAUCAUGGAGGUGAGAGCCAAGUUCUGGAAGUAGAUGAAAAGAGAAGCGGCAUUCGAGGCGAUGUGGGCCGCAGUGGCGGAGUGGCCGAGAAUCGACACAAACGACGACACCACCAGUCCGAAACCAGAAACAAUGGCAAUAGGCCAUCCGGCGUAUCUAGUUUGCACACUCUUGCCGUUGGUCAUGGUUGCCUUGACACAGGCGAGAGGAUCGGUUCUGUCUGUGUCAUUUGUUGA